AUGAAGCAUCCAACUUGUGUUGGUACGGUGCUGAGUUGUUGGGGUGAGGACCGACGAUUGCUGGAUGAACAGUUGACUCACCCAGGUGCUUCCAUGCUGACGGACUGUAUGCGCCGUGGCAUACCACGAACCAGCAUUGGCCAUUACGGCAUGAAUGCAUACAGCAAUAUGCGUUUCAGUACGGCAUAUGUGGCUACCCCGAUGGAGGCAGUGGAAGACAAGGUCCGCCUACAAAUGCAUCGUGCCGAGUUUGCUGAACAUGGAAUGAGGCCGCAGCUCAUUCGUGUGUGCCAUGCACUGGAAACGGAGGGUCUGGAGGGACAGAGCCCAGUGAGUCAGCCGCCCCAAAAGAAACAAAAAUACAACAACUCCCAAUGCUUGGAGACACGCAAGCCACACUCACCUCGUCAGCUGGUGUACGGAUUUUGCAACACUAGCCACAUCGACAGCAAGGAUCAGCUCACGGCUUUGCAGCAAAAGGAGCUGCACAUGAGGGCAGCCGACUUUGGGUUGGACCCCCAAAAAUAUCCAGGACUUCCCACCACAUGUGCCUGGCAAUUUGUCUUUCGACACGACAAUGCAGCUGACAAGUUGACGAUUCAUCAGCAUUUUAUCAUGCAUGGCUUGGGAGUUGCAAUGCCAAUCCGUCAUGGUCUUGGGCAUCAUUUCUAUGGUGGCAUCUUUGAGCACAACACCAGUCUUUGUUUGGUCCAGCGCAAAUUGGAUGGCUUCGUCUCGCUUACCAAUGAUGAAGACCAUUUCAUGCUCUUUGCUUGGGGGAAUAGCCCAAAGAUUCCCAAGAGAGAGAUUCAGCUGUUGCUGCAGGAAGCGGCAGUGCCUUUGGUGGUUGAUGGCCAAGUGGUGCCUGGAAAUGAUACUGCUGUACCUGCGGCAGAUUUGCCACCCCCUCCUGCUUAA